AUGGACGGGACGCAUGGGCUACGUGCGUGGCGUUGGGUAUUCAUCAUCGAGGGAGCCAUUACGGUCGUCAUCGCAUUCUCUGCCUUGUUCAUCUUACCCAACUUCCCAAGAACCACGUCCUGGCUUACCGAGGAGGAAAGCCAACUCGCUGUAUAUCGCCUGCAAGAGGACAUCGGAGAAGACGACUGGAAAGAUGCACAAUCGCAGACAUUCUUCCAUGGCUUGAAGCUCGCUUUGAUGGACAUCAAAACCUGGGUACUGACAAUUCUUCUCCUAGCCAUCGUUUCAUCGGCAUCUGUAACGAACUUCUUCCCGACCGUUGUCAAAACUCUAGGCUACGACAACAUCCACACUCUUCUGCUUACCGCACCUCCAUACGUGCUCGCAGUCAUCACGACCUAUCUAAAUGCUUGGCACGCUGAUCGAACCGGCGAGCGAUUUCUGCAUAUCGUCCUGCCCCUAUGCGUCGGCGUCUUCGCUUUCAUUCUCGCUGCAGCUACCCACUCGACCGCACCCCGAUAUGUCGCCAUGAUGCUUAUGGUUCCCGGAGUCUAUACAGGCUAUGUUCGUGCCGCAGCACUUGCUUUCAUCAACGCAAUUUCGAACACGAGCAGUAUCUAUGCGAGCUACAUGUAUCCACAGCCCAAAGGAGGUGCACAGCCCGACUUGACAAUUCCACUCAGCGUGGAUUGAAGCUUGAUCGAGGAGAACACGUGGAAGGUGCCAUAA